AAUGGGAAAAAAGAUGGCGACUAGUCCAGGGAUUUCUUGGGCUACAAAUAUCAAACCGAUAUUAUCGGCGUCCUAUUCCUCUUUCAACAAAAAUAUUUUACCAGAAUUUAGCAAUGCAAUAAUUUCUAGUAAAGCAGAGAUCCUUACGCAUGAUGAUGUAUAUGAACCAUUCUACUCUUCCCUCGUUGCGCUGUCAGCCCACUAUCUCAGUGCUUGUGCAGGGGAAGUUGCAAGUCCACAUCUCUCCAGUGUGUCAGGGGCUUGCAAGGUUCUUCUACAGUUUCUGAUUGAGAGACUUCAGACACAGACAGAAACAUGCACCAUCGCACCAAAAUAUCUGAUGAUACUGAUCCAGGGCCUGUGUAAAGGGCACAGCUACCUGCCCAAGUCAGACAUUGUCACGUACACAGCUAUGUUGAAGUCGGCACAGUGUCCCCCCAGUGUGAAGGAGAAUGAGGGAGAUGUAGAUGAGUUGGCUCCCAAGGAUGUGAAGAGAACACGCUUGGAGUGUGAGGUGAACAUAUUCAGCCAGAUGACGUCUGUAUUUGAUGAGAUAUUGACCCCCAGUCAGCCCCUGCCUCCUCUCAAGGUUGUGCCUAGCCACUCCGAGUCAGUCACCGUUGACGGGGACGUGACCAUUGUACAUAUUGCUGACACAUCUGAGGAAAUGAAGAAUAUGUUUGCUACGCGGAAUUUGACCUGUCUGAACCAGCUGAAUGGAGGCAACACACUUGUAGACAUAUGUUUUGACCUGACGUUUCUCAACCGAUACAUCCAGCGAUACAAGGAUGCCAUUGCUGGCUCAGCAUUCGUUAUGCCAGCGACACUCUCUGAAGCUUUGACUACCAGAAACAGUUUCCAGCUACUGUUAAACGACAUCUCAAUUGUGUGGCGCGUUUUCUCCCUCCCCAUCCUUGAACCACUAACAGUAAAACGUCUGGAGAAAAUCAUCACCAUAACGAUGGGUUGCCUAUAUGCUGCGGUUACCGUGGCAACCACAAAUACUAUCAUGAGCCUGGCGAGUGCCACACCUACAAAGUCCACCCCCGCCGGGAAAGAGGAAGAUUUGGACAACUUUGCUGCGAAGAUCUUCCAUAAGACCUUAGAGAUUUAUAACAACGUGUCCAGCGCAAUCCACAACUCAACUAGGGCAGGGGGAAAUAUUGCCCAGAAUGUGAACCUGCUGGCAGCGUGGUUGCUACUGCAGGGUUUGAGGGGUAUCCUGACGCUGACCCCCGCCAUGGUCCUAGAGAGAAAGGACAGCAAGACACGCCCCUCCAGUGCCCCUACAGCUGGCGGGCAGACAGAUACACAGACACCUCCAAAAGCCACCCAGACUGGGGCAAGGCCCGGCUCUGCUAAAAGUUCCUAUCAAGGACUGGGUUGUCUGUCUGUGACUCUGGGCCUCCACUGUUUGGGACUUCUGCACAAGCUCUUUGAUGAUCUACAGACAGAGGGGGUGAUGCCGAGCCUCAGUGGGACGUCACAGUCAACAGCCAUGCAGACUACCACAGGUAAGAGCCUGGAUCUGACCCUGCUGGCCCCGUUCCCGGCCUGGAAACGGAUACAGAAGCUCAUGUCGGCCAUCAACAUUCCAGACUUGAUGUUCAACCUGGUUCCUACUGCACUCAAGAAGGCUUGCCUAUUAAAGAGACAGAAGCAGGGAUCUGAGAGCUCGGAGAGCAGCAGUAGCAGUGCGUCAGACUCCAACACAUUUUAUGAGGAUGAUUUCAGCAGCUCGGAAGAAAGCAGUGAGGAGGAAGACGAUGAUUAUGAGCCGAUCCUAGGAGAAUUCAUGCAGGAGAUUUUGUCUCCAUCGGAGCCAAAAGCAUCAACUCCCCCUCCCUCCCAUCCACCAAGGUUCCAUGGGGAGACAGGUAGUGCUGGGAAACGCAGCCGAAAACACAGCACAGGAGAUGGGACUGGCCUCAUGCCCGAUAAACGUGAAUCAGACUCCUACCUGAAUCUUGCCUCUGGAGUGCUACAGUUCCUGACCAAAUAUUUCGUGAACACGUCGGAUGAAGUUCUGCAAAAGUUCCUGCGGGAUUCCCUUACAGAGGAGCACAUGGGAAACCUAGCUACUGUCGUCAAAGAGAUGGACAAGGAGGCCAGCAGGUUUGGUCCAGACAAGGGCUUUGAUGAGUUGUCAGUGUCGCUGUCUCGGUUCAGCCACAGUCUGAUCGCUACUGGUUGUCUCUCUGACUUCCUACAGCACACCCUUCUGGCGAACCUUGGUGUAAACACUAACGAAGGUGACACCUGGCCGCUGACUGUCUGCCCGCGGACCCUAGCGGUGCUGGCGGAGAUAUUGUUACUACGGCAACAGAGAGAACGAGUGGCCAAACAUCCAGCCAGUCCGACUGAGGCAGUCAUUAUACAGAUAUGGACCCGGUGCAUCAAUACCCUUGUGAACAAUACACUGGGUGGGAAUGCCAAAAAUGACCCAAACAAUGACCUGAAUGUGGAGCACAUGCAACUGUUACUGUUCCUAUUCCACUCACUACACCUGAUGCAGAAGAAACAGCUGCUUCUACUCCUGGCACAGAACAUAGUGCGCAUUGGUGCCAUGGAUGAACACUGUAUUCUAGAGCUGGUUCCCCAGUCUCUGAGCCGCCUGAUGCUGAUACUGGACUACAUGCUGCACAACUUCUACGACCCGCCCGCAGAACUACAGGAACAGGUGCAAUGGAACCUGUUCACAGUCCACACCCUAAACCAGAGUGGGGAGGCGGAGAUCCCCGUGGGUAAACACAGCAUGUUCUUCCCUCUACCUGACGUCGAAGACCAGUUCAGGAAAUUCCUUACACCACAGGAACUGACUGAUGUGGGUGCCAUGAAGCCCAGAUUCUACAACAUAGGCCCAUAUGUCUACAAUUUCCAACAGACUCCAAGAGUGGAUGGACUGGCAUGCAGUUUCCUGCUAUCCACCCCAGACCAGCUAGACUACAGCCAGCUAUACAACGCUUGUGUCAACCUUCUCAUGGCUGGAACCAGCGCUGAUAAAGCAAGGAAACUUACAACCCUUGAAACAUGCACAGUUCACAACAACUUCCACAUUAUGUGGCAACUGCUGGGCUGUCUCCCCCCGUCAGUGGAAUAUCUCAAAAUCCUUGAGAGCAACACCAUUCAGAUGUCCAACUCGUACAUCCUACACACUUUGAGAUGGGCACCAAGACUUGGACAGAAAGCCUUCACCACCCCUUGGAUUAAAGACAGCCUGGUGAAGCAAGGCCUGACCACCCAGCAGGCAGAGGGUCUCCUUACCUCGGCCAACAAGACGGCCAACUGUAUUGAGUAUGACAUCGGACUCAGCCUCAACUUUAUACAAGAUCAGAUGGGUGUCCUGCCCCUGGUUGGAGGGGAAGAGAUACUGUGUGCGGACAGUUUGCCAGGAAUUGGGCCUGUCAUGUUACUCGACCUCGUUGUCGGGAAACUGGCCAUCUCCCUCGAUAACGCAUUCACCAACAUCUCGGCUGACACAGAUCCUCACAAGAUAAUGGACUCUGCCCAGACUUUGAUACCAUCGGCUCUGCUGUUGUUGCGAUACUACACUAUCUUUGUCAGAUCCAGCAUCCUUGGACAGCUCUCAGUUCUUGAAGAAGAUACGCUGUCCCCGCGGCAACUAGAGGCGGUUGCCAUGGUGAUGAGUAUAUCAUCUGGGCGGGCCAGUAAGGUGUCUGGGCUCGCUACGGGGCUGAUAGGGGCCCUACCAGGGCCGGUGAAGACAGUGAUCGAGACAUGGAACAAUACGCCCAGCGCUGAGUUCCCUAGCAUGGGUAGCUGGAGGAACGCAUUUGCUAAAGACAUCAUCCCAGGAGAGAGUUACCUGGAUGCAAUACAGAAGGUCCAUGUUGGAAAACUUACUGACGGGAAGUUUAGCCUGACAUCUUCCAUCAAACAUGUCCUCCAAGCCCUGUGUCGAUUGAACCAUGACCUCACCAUUUGGUGUCCAGAUAAGUUUUCCACAACUGAAGUGAUUGAGGUUGUCUUUCCUCUCAUGUUUGAUGUCUCCACAGAGUAUCUUUCUGAAAUGGUAUCCCAGUCUCUGGAAAAUCUACUGGGCCCCCCAGAUAGUGACCGGUUCCUAGAGGAGAUGUACCUGCAUGUGGUUGGAGUAUGCAGAAAGAUUGUGCUUGACUUCACUGAUACAGAGAGCCACUUGGAUGAGACUGUGUUCUGUGAUUGUCUUAAGUUCAUGGAGAAUCACCUGGACAAACAGCCAGCAAUGAAAGCAUUUGUGAAAUUCUUCACACCGGAAAACAUCACGCGGCUCAUGUUAUCUGCUGCGAAUGAAUCCCUCUCCCCAAACUUCGCUGCCAGGGUUGUCAGACUCUUCAACAAGUUACUACACUUAAGUGAGAAUGGGAAGAAUGGUCAGAGUUACAAAGAGCUGAGUUCCCGUCUGGAACACCUCGCUGACAUAGACACUGCCACGCUGCAGGCCGUCCUGGCCAAGUUUGUCAUCAAGCCCAAGGACACAGAUGAGGAACAGUUUGCUGAGAACCAGAAAUUGCUGCAGAACUUCAGUAUCUACCUGAUUAAGUCAUCGACGCGUGUACGACAGGCCAUACUUAACUCCCUCCUGCCCCUAGCAGAGACCCUGCUGACAUCAGUAGGGGCAGAGACUGGGGGAUUUAAGGAGUUGAUGGACAUAAUGCACAUGUUGGCCCUGACAGACAGGGGGGAGGGGCAUCUGACGCUGUUCCAGGCCGCAACUGUCUGGCUCCAGAUAUGUAAAAGCCACGUUUCCCAGAAGGAUGUUUUGGAGAAGAUUCUGACAAACAGUAAAUCUGGAAAGAACUUGUUGAGUACCCUAUGUUGUCUGUUGUCAUACGUUGGUGAGAUUUUGGGCGCCAUAAAGCGCCAGGACGAACAACUAGGUGCAAGCUCCCCAGCGACAGAGAAUGAGAUCAGUGUCACCCUGGAGCCUGACAGUGACUGGGAGGAAGAUCUGAGUCACGAGGAGGAGGAUUCGGCGGGCGAAGACUCGGAUGAGGACUCCAUGAACAACAAGCUGUGUACGUUCACCGUGACACAGAAGGAAUUCAUGAACCAGCACUGGUACCACUGCCACACAUGCAAGAUGGUGGACGGUGUCGGGGUGUGCACAGUGUGUGCCAAGGUAUGUCACAAGGACCACGACCUCACAUACGCCAAGUUUGGAUCAUUCUUCUGUGACUGCGGAGCUAAAGAAGAGAGAAGCUGUAAGGCGUUGGUCAAGCGUACAAGCCAGUCAGGCCUGAACAGCAGUGAACAGGGACCUUCUCAGUCCCCGUUUGUGAUGGAGACCACGCUUCCCAGUUCACUCAGGAGAAGGCUGUCAUCCCCGCUUCACUCAGAUAAACAGAAAUCCUCCGAGAGCAAAGAAGAGAUCAGUGAAGGGAGAAGACAGCUGGCACAAAAACUGGAGAGUAGCAGAGAUGAACUAAUGAGAAUCUUGACUGGUUCCCAGACAGUGCAGACAGUGUUGGAGAUGCUAGACUGUAUCCUGCCCUCCCUGACUGAGAGCUACCAGUCUAUGUCCCCUAUGGGCAGUUUACAGAGAGCCCAGUCUGCUCUAAAUGAUUUACACACUCAACCCAAGACAACAGAAACCACAGACCAACUUAUGGCGGUGACACUAGGCUCCCAGGAGGGUGCGUUUGAGAAUGUGCGCAUGAGUUACAGCGGUGACCAGGGGCAGCAAAUACGUCAGCUGAUCACCUCCCACAUGUUACGCAGGGUGGCCAUGUGCGUGCUAGCGUCACCCCAAGGGAAGAGACAGCACCUCGCCGUCAGCCAUGAGAAAGGGAAGAUAACUAUUCUGCAGCUCUCAGCUCUCUUGAAGCAGGCAGACUCCAGCAAGAAGAAACUCACUCUCACUAGACUGGCAUCAGCUCCAAUACCAUUCACAGUGUUGUCUAUUACUGGAAACCCCUGUAACGAGGACUAUCUCGCUGUCUGUGGCCUCAAGGACUGCCAUGUAUUGACCUUCACAAGUUCCGGGUCUGUAGCAGACCACCUGGUCUUACAUCCCCAGUUAGCUAGCGGGAACUACAUCAUAAAGGCUCUCUGGCUGCCUGGAACACAGACAGAACUGGCAAUAGUCACCUCAGAUUUUGUCAAGAUCUACAAUCUGUCGAGUGAUGCCCUCAGUCCGCAGUAUUACUUCCUGUUACCCAGCGGGAAGAUCCGGGAUGCCACAUUCGUGUUCACAGAGGAGGGUCGUUACUUCGCGCUCAUGUCAUCUGUCGGCUACAUCUACUAUGAGGUGAUGGGUGAAAACAGUAGCGCCAAACAUGGGCCGUUCUACAUCACCAACGUGGUGGAGGUGACACACCCAGAUAUCAAGGAUGUGAAUGGUCAUGUGACAGGAGGGGGCGUGUCAAUCUAUUUCUCCCACGCUCUACAACUGCUCUUCUUCAGCUAUGCUCAAGGGAAGUGUUUCUGUGCUCCACUUGAGAAAGACCUGAGCUCCACCCCCAGGGUCUUCCCCAUUACAUUCAAGAGUUCAAAUGGUGGUGGUAAGGGCAACAGUAGCCAGCAGCCUCUAGUCCAGUGGUCCGAAGUUCCUGGCCAUACCGGCCUCAUCUACUGCAUGACACAGACCACCAACAACCCCGUUGUGCUGAUGGUCAAGCCGGACACGCUCAUGGUACAGGAGAUUAAGGUUGUACCGGCCAAGGCUAAAAUACAGGAUGUUGUCGCCAUCAGGCAUAAUGCUUCAAACUCAGAUCAGCAACGUACGACCAUGAUUCUCCUUUGUGAGGAUGGCAGUCUGAGGAUCUAUAUGGCCAAUGUGGACAACACCAACUACUGGCUCUCUCCAUUCCUGCAACCACAAAGUCCCAUCUCUGUUCUCAAACCAGUUAAAAAGAAGAAAACAACCAAGUCAGGUCGCCAGGCAGGCUCUGUUAAUUUCCCCAUUGACUACUUUGAAAACUGCCAACAGUCAACUGAUAUUGAGUUUGGAGGCAAUGAUGUCCUGCAGAUCUACAAUGUACAGCAAAUUAAACAUAGACUGAACACCACUGGACUGUACAUCGCAAGCACCAAGCCUGCCGGAUUCACCAUAGAGAUCACCAACACCAAUAGCACCACAGUGAUGGUGGGAGCCCGAGUGUCCGUAGGGAGCCAGUCAGUGGAGCGUGCCCCGGCAUAUUUGGAAGUGUUUGGACGGACGGUCCAGGUUUCAUGUACGCGGGCCCGGUGGGUGGAUAUCCCCUUUACAAGGGAAGAAUCACUCAAUGCUGACAAAAAGUUCUCCCUUUUUGUUGGCCCAAGCACCGAUGCAGGAGGUGUCACUAUGAUGGACUCCAUUAAAAUAUUCACAAAAACCAAGGAGGUGUUUGGUUGGCCUGAGGAGCCAGAAGAUUUUGCUGAUCAGUCCAGCGCUAAGCCGGUUCCAUCCGCAGUGGCUGCAGCUAAUGAAAGUGAAACUACGUUGGCAACAAUGGCAACCCUACCCCUCACAUCUGCUGACAGGUUGCUAAGCAGCGCUCUAGAGGUGCUAGAAGGUGCGUUCUCUGCCAUGAGUGCUGAAGAAAAGGAUUCCCUGAGUGAGAGAGCAUUGACCACCGCCACGAGUCUACUGACCCUGCCCACGCCUUCCAGCGUACAACAACACACCAAGGCUUUACUGGCUGCGCUCUUCCAGAACAAGACUGUCUACUACGCUCAUAAGGAUGAAACAGAGCUAGGCCAUGUUAUCAAGAGUCUACAUGAGAGCCAGUCCACGGGCUGUUCACUUGACGUUGAGGCCUUCCAGAGGCUACUGGUGACAGCACGGUCUGUCGCGGUGUCUAGGCCUGGGAAUCUCGUUAAGUUUGCCGAGGGGGCCUCAACUCAAGAGGGAACGAAGGUGACACAGAGCCAGGAGAAAGAAGUGUUGGAGGUGACAGAUCUUGAAAAUGAAGAUAGCCAGAUCUCCAUGCCGUUCGGAAACCUGGAGUCUGGCGAGCGGUGCCACUUUACUGCCCAGCUCAUGGAGUGUUUCUGCCGUCUUCUGGCAGCCCGCCCACCAAACCCUAUGCUGGCUCCAGUGUGCUUGCCAGGUCUAGCCCAUGUUGAUGCUACUGUGGCAGCAUUGGUUGAGAGCAUCCACGCCUUCACUGUCAUUGACCUGGACAACCUUACUCUGGCCAGCAAGCUGUACGCCCACCUCUUGCUCAACAGUGAGGGAAGUGUGAGUUUUGCGUGCAAGCAGGCCAUGAUCAGGGUCCUGCGACCUCGCACUAAAAGGAAGAGGGUGUUCAUACCAUCACCACCGAGAUGUAGCUCCCCAGGUGGAGAGGAGAGUGAGACAAGGGGAGUUAAGCCGGAGGUGACCAUGAUCCAGUCUAUCUCCAUCAACGAGGCUCCAGACGAGGAGGAGGACAUGGACAUUGAAAUUGUGGAGAGUAACGACCCAAUGGUGCUGGAGCCAUCAGAUGCAGACGAGGGGCACCCACUUGAGGCCCUGCUGCAGCGCGGGGCAAACUUCAACCCUGUUGUAGAUAUCCCCCCAGAUGCCGAUGAUGAAACCAUGGUCGAGCUGGCUAUUGCCCUUAGCUUACAGGAACAGAAUGGUGGAGGUAUUGGACUCCAGGGUCUCAGACUGGCUUCUCAACAACAGAAUGUGGUGAGCUAUGAGGACAGUCAGAUGUCAGACACGACUGCUUCAGCUCCAGGCAGUGAUGACGAGAUUGGCAGUAAUGCCGCUACUGAUGGAUCCACUCUCCGGACUUCACCUGCAGACCAUGGUGGCAGCGCUGGGUCAGAGAGCGGGGGAAGUGCUGAGGAAUCAAUCUCUGGGGAACAUAAUGCCAGUGCCCGGAGUAGUGUGUAUGGUGAUCGAGACCGGGGACCAAGGUCAGAAACUAGCAGCCUAGGUGGACCCAGCUCUGCCAUGCCACAAGAUCCGGUAGACACAGAGACAGAGAGGGACAUGGCAUCCAAGUUGCACACAUUGCGUAUGGCCCUACUUGAGAGGCUUCUCCAGUAUCUGCCCUCCGUGUCCAGGCUAGGAGGUGUGGCAUCUAUUCCCUUCAUGCAGGUUUUACUCAUGCUGACAUCAGACCUGGAUUCGGAGGAUGAGAAGGAUUGUGCGGCCCUGGACGGCCUUCUGAGCUCACUCCUUCACCAACUGGACUUCAGUGGCUCGAAGCUUGACACCGUCAUGGCUCGUAGCAAGAGUUUCGAAGUGAAGCUUGUGUGCUUGAGACUUCUAAGCGUUCUCCUGUCUAGGACAAAGGCAGGCACAAAACAGUCUAAUGAGUCAACAUCUUUCAUCAGCAACACAACAGCCUCAGCCCUGCUGUCCAAUGGCGCUGUAGGUUACUGUCUGAAAAUUCUGCAGAAUCUGCUGCCGUACUGGAGAAACUACAACCCAGCAGAGGAGGAAACUGCACCUUUACCAGGCCAGCUCCUAAGGCCCCGAAGCUCUGCCCCACCCCCAGAUAUGUCCCCCUUCUUCCUGAGGCAGUAUGUGAAGGGUCACGCCAACGACGUAUUUGAGGACUACCCCCAGCUGCUCACUGAGAUGGCACUCAGGCUGCCUUAUCAGUUGAAGAAGAUAGCUGACAGUGUACCUAAUGUGCGAUCAGCAAUGUUCGAUGCAGCCUGGUUCACAAUCCUGGCAGAAUAUCUGAUGACACAGAGGACUCCUUUUGUGAAGAAACAAGUCAGAAAGUUGCUGCUCUUCAUCUGCGGUUCAAAGGAGAAAUACCGGGAACUACGUGACCUACAUUCCAUUGAGACAAACUUGAAGUCAGUCACAGAACAGUGUGAAAAGAACGGUCUCUCUGUGACUAAGGACACCCUACCAAAUGUCAUGUUGCCCUAUGAUGCCCUCUUGGUUCUGAUUGAGCACCUGAAGGUGUGUGCAGACAUAGCCUCCAGUCGCCCUGUAAACUGGCAGAGAUACUGCUGUCAAAAUGAAGGUAUUAUCUUAUUCCUGAUGAAGGCAAGCACCUCCUUGGAUGAAGGCGUGGCCCCAACUCUCCUACAGUUGCUGCAAUGUGCCCUCUGUGGUAGUGCAGUCAUCAAGGCAAGCGUUCCCCAGGAGUUGACUGAUCCCAGGCUCACUAAGGCAACCAGCGGAAAACAGAGCAAGGAUGCUGACACUGACAAAACAGAUGGCACAGAACAGCCAGCACAAGAUGGCAACCUCUGUGCCCAGUUGAUAGCUCAGCUAAACAGGCAGACGAACACCGAGCUGAUGACAAACUUUGUACGGACAUUCCUCCUGGAGUCUAACUCCACAUCCAUAAGAUGGCAGGCCCAUUCCCUGGUCCACCAGAUCUACAGGAACUCCGGACCGGAGGAGCAGUCGGCCAUGCUGGAUCUACUGUGGACUCUAUGGGGAGAACUGCCACAACAUGGCAGGAAGGCGUCACAGUUCAUUGACCUUCUGGGAUACUUCCUGCUGGUUACACCACCAGAGUCGGAGAAAAAGACAAAGGAGUACCUGGAUCGAGCUGUAGAUUUGCUUAGAGAACAGAAUGUGAAACUGGUCAACCAUCCGAACUCCCAGAUUUACAAUAUGCUACAAGGGCUGGUGGAUUUUGAUGGCUAUUACCUGGAGAGUGACCCUUGCCUUGUGUGCAACAACCCUGAGGUCUCCUACAGUAGCUUAAAGCUGACCAAUAUCAAGGUGGACAGCAAAUUCACGACGACGACACAGAUUGUGAAACUAGUCGGCAGUUACACGAUCUCCAAAAUAUCCCUGAGAAUCACAGAACUCAAGAGAACGAAAAUGGUCAGAGUAAUGAACAUUUACUACAACAACAGGACUGUACAAGCAGUUGUGGAACUGAAAAACAAACCUGGCUUGUGGCACAAGGCCAGAAAGAUGACCCUAACGGCUGGACAGACAGAUGUCAAGGUGGAAUUCCCGAUACCAAUAGUGGCAUGUAACCUCAUGAUCGAGUAUGCAGACUUCUACGAUAACCUACAGGCCACCAGUGAGACCCUCCAGUGUCCGCGAUGUAGUGCCUCUGUGCCGGCCAACCCGGGUGUGUGUGGGAAUUGUGGAGAGAAUGUGUUCCAGUGUCACAAGUGCAGGGCGAUAAACUAUGAUGAGAAGGACCCAUUCCUGUGUAAUGCCUGUGGGUUCUGCAAGUAUGCCAAGUUUGACUUCACCCUGACAGCCAAACCUUGCUGUGCCGUUGACCCCAUUGAGACAGAGGAUGACAGGAAGAAGGCGAUUACAACCAUCAACACCCUGCUGGAGAAAGCAGAUCGUAUCUACAAGCAGCUACAGCAGCAUCGCCCAGCGCUGGAGAACCUGCUGGUCCAAGUAGCGGAGCAUGGGACUGAGCGGCGGGAUGACAGUACGGGACAUGCCCCGCCCACACAGGGACCUGCAGUCAACAAGGCCAUACAACAGCUGGCACUCAAGUACUGCACUGAAAGCAAGAACUCAUUUGAUGAGCUUAGCAAGAUCAUACAGAAAGUGCUAGCAUGUCGUAGGGAGCUAGUGGACUAUGACAGACAACAGAGGCAGGCCGUGGCCAGUGCUGGCUCUCCUGUGGCCAGUCCCCGUGAUCCACCAGUGUUUAAACCUGUUGCCAGGAAGGAUCAACCCAGUGGUAAGGGAGGUAACUGUUUUGGAUGUGCAAGUGCGGCUGUGGAGCAUUGUAUCACGUUGUUACAUGCCCUUGUCACCAACACAAACCUGCGACAGAUCCUCUGCAGUCAGGGAAUGAUUCAAGAGCUGAUAGACUACAACCUGCGUCGGGGCGCACUUUAUGUGCGAUCAGAAGUCCGCGCCCUGCUUUGUUUGCUCACCAAGGAUAACAGAAGGGGAACCGAGGAAAUGAACAACAUCAUAAUGACGCGCAUUGCUGCAACAGUGAAGGGACAUCUCUCCAAUCCAGAUUUGGGUUCGUCUGUGAGACAUGAGAUCCUGCUGCUGUCCAACUCCCUGAAACAGGAGGAUAGCUGCUGGGAGAGCAGGGUCAGAUGUGUGAUGCGACUGUUCCUGCUUGGUAUGCAGAUGAAGCAGCCGGUGAUCAUGGAGAGUGUCACCCUGCCUUGUCUCCGCAUACUGCAACACCUGAUCACGCCGGAGAAACUGCAACAGAACAAGGCAGGUGGUACAGCUGAAGGUGAGCCAACUCCUGUGUUGCCCAUGUCCCCAGACCUUCAUGUUAACAGCAGUGAAUGGAUAAAGGGAAACCCCAAGUUUGCCUAUGCCAAUUGGAAAAAAUGUGUGCCUGUCCAGACAGCUAUCCAAGGUGGCCUAACAGCUGAUUCCAAGCCAGAAGGUAAGAAUGACACUGAAGAGAAGGCAGACCAGGAACCAACCCAGCCAAAGGAGCGGGCUGCACAAAGGGCCACAUUCCUCAUGGAGAAAUAUGCCACACGUUGGAGACAAAGGAUGUGGAAGAUACCUGGUGUGCCCCUGAAGCUCACACAGAUCAGCUGGCUACAACAGGCCGUGUUUUCCCCUUCCUCCCAGUCAGCCAGACAGACAGCCACAAGGGUGAUAGAGUACAUGGCCCAGGUGCCCACCAGGAAACGGGAAAUCAUUGAUAUGCUCUCUGGGUGUCUGGAGCAGGUUGGAAAGGCGGGAGAAUGUGCCCAGGAGUUUCUGGCUCUCUACAGCAGACUGAUUCAGCCCAUUCACUGGAAACACUACCUGGCCAUCAAGGGUGUGCUGCUGAAACUCGGAGACCUAAUCACUAAGGAGGUGGAGAAGCUUCAGUACCUUGAGGACACAACCCUGAGUUCAGACCUGGCCCAGGGAUUCGCCCUCAAGUCUCUCACAGAGUUGCUGUCUCUAUUUAUCCAGCAGAAGGAUAUCAAGCAGCACUACAAGAACAGGCUGGUGGGCUACGUGCUCAACGGAUACCUCUCGCUGAAGAAGCUGCUUGUACAGAGGACGAAACUCAUCGACGAGACCCAAGAUAAACUGCUGGAGUUGUUGGAGGAGCUCACUAGUGGCACGGAGUCAGAGACACGUGAGUUUAUGCAGGUGUGUGUUGACACGGUACAGAAAUACCCACUGGACGAUCAGGUGUCUCCUGUGUUCAUCUUUGAGAGACUCUGUAGCAUCAUCUUUCCAGAGGAGAACGAUGUUGGUGAUUUCUUCAUGAUUCUUGAGAAGGAUCCACAACAGGAAGAUUUCCUGCAAGGCCGCAUGCUGGGUAAUCCCUACAGCUCAAGUGAGGCUGGAUUGGGGCCUCUCAUGAGGGAUGUGAAGAACAAGAUCUGCCAGGAUUGUGAGUUGGUGGCCUUGCUGGAAGAUGAUACAGGCAUGGAGUUGCUGGUGAACAAGAAGAUAAUCAGCCUGGACCUGCCUGUGAAGGAUGUCUACAAGAAAAUCUGGGCUCCUGAACAUGGAGAGGGUGAGCCAAUGCAGGUGAUUUACCGGAUGCGAGGUCUGCUGGGUGACGCUACUGAAGACAUGGUUAACUCUCUAGAAUCCAACACAGAGGAAGAUGUUGACAAGGAGGAAGUGUACCGGAUGGCAGGGGUCCUGGCAACUGGGGGAGGUCUCAAAGUUAUGCUGGACAGACUUGGUUCUAUUAAGGAUCUUGUGCUGGGCAAACCAAUGAUGCUGGUGUUACUCAAGCUGUUCUCAUUUGCUGUUAACGUGAAGGCCAACAGUCAGGAGUUGAUCAGACCGGAACUGAACACCAUCACAGUGAUGUUGGGGGCCCUUAACCUGGCACUGUGGGCGGAGCAGGAGAGCGGGACCCAGGCCACCAAGGGGCAGACAAUCACAGAGCAGAUCCUGCAGAUCAUGGAGACAAUCUUGAUGGAGGCUAGCUCACAGAGCACUGAGACUUACACUGAGUUUUCCAAGCUGUGCGGGGAUAAGGCUCAGCUGAUGUUACUACUAGAGCGCAUCAACUCCCCGUUUGUACGCUCCAACACAAGCGUCUUGCAGGCGUUGAUGAGGCUCAUCCCGUUCCUGGCAUUUGGAGAGGAAGACAAAAUGCUUACUCUUAUCAACCAUUUCAAACCGUACCUCGACUUUUCCAAGUUUGACGCUGAGCACACCCAGGAUGAGAAAGUCCAUCUCGACUGCUUCUGUACCAUAGCAGCCGCCAUACAGAACAAUGCAAAUGGUGUACAGCUCAAGGACAUGAUAGUGGAACAGGGACUGGUACAGAUGGCCCUCGACUACAUCUUACGCCAGGCACCAGAGAUAAAGACACUCUUGGCCACUGAUUCAGAGAACUGGAAGGACUUCCUGUCUAAGCAAUCACUCAACUAUAUACUGAGGUUCCUGACCGGGAUCUGUGACGGUCAUGAAAAUACACAGCUCUUACUGGGAAACCAUCUAGUCCCUAUACUCCACAAGCUGGAGCAAGUCUCGUCAGACAAGCACAUUGGCACAAUGGCAGAAAACUUCAUGGAGACGCUGAAAAAACACCCAGUUGUGGCAGAUAAGAUAGAGGAGGUGCGUCAGCAGACAAAGACAGAGAAGAAGAGGCUUGCCAUGGCUGUCAGGAAGAAACAUCUCGGAGCUCUUGGCAUGACUACGAAUGCAAAGGGUCAGGUGACAGUGAAGUCUUCAGCCUUAAAACAGAUAGAGGACAUCAAAGAAGAGACAGGCCUCACAUGUUGUAUAUGUCGGGAGGGGUACAGAUACCAGCCUCAGAAGGUUCUAGCGAUCUACACUUUCACCAAGCGGGCAGCCAUUGAUGAGUAUGAAAACAAGCCACGGAACUCAAUAGGAUAUUCCACUGUGUCUCACUUCAACGUGAUCCAUGUGGACUGCCACACUGCAGCCGUCAGGCAUGCCAGGGGCCGUGAAGAGUGGGAGAGUGCUGCUCUACAGAACGCCAACACCAAGUGUAACGGUUUGCUGCCACUAUGGGGACCGCAGGUCCAGGAGUCAGCGUUUGCUACAUGUCUUGCCAGGCAUAACACGUACCUACAGGAGUGUACUGGUGUGCGAGACCCGGGUUACCCGUUCAAUGUACAUGACGUGAAACUGCUGUUGAUGAAAUUUGCGGAGGGGAAAUCAUUCAGUGAUGACAGCGGGGGUGGAGGAAGGCAAAGCAACAUGCAUCUCCUACCAUACAUGAUGCACAUGUCACUCUACGUCAUCAACACGACACGGUCAAACAGCCGAGAAGACAAGAACUUGAACAACUUUAUAGAGUCACCUCGGGAUAAGUGGAUUGAGAGCUGUUUUGAGAAUGAGGGAUCCCAGUACUGGAGUGUGAUGGCAGUUCACCUGAUGAGCCCAGACAGAUGGAAAUCCCAGAGGCCCAAGUUCCUUGAAAGACUGCUGGUCACUGCUCAUGUCCGCAACACUGUCGCAAAGGGAGAGAAAAAUGUGACAGACAAAGCUGUUAAGGAAUACAGUGUGUACAAACCUUACGCUGUGUUCUUCGGACUCAUAGAUGGAUUGUACCAGUAUGUUUUCAAGAAGGUGGUGAUACAGGAUGAGGACUGGUCCCGCAGCCUGGCUGACUACGUGCGUAACAAUGACCGCCCUGUGCUGGAGUUGUGUGACAAACUCCUCGCCACCUACCAGGACGAGAUGCUUCCAAGCGAGUCACUCGCAGAGCUGGCUGAUGUCCUUGGUCUGCUUGAAGAAAUUCCGGAACCUGACAAGUUCUUAAAAGAAGCCAUUGACUCUUUACCGUGAACGGACACCCUAUAUGAACCCUGGAUAGUGUAAUAACAAUCCUUAGACUUUCUCUGUGACAGUUAUGUUGUAAUGUGCAACUUAUUUAAAGCUUUUCUGCAGUGUUAGAAGUAUUUUGAAACUUGAUAUAAUGUAUAACUGUUGUUUUUGUUUUCAUUUCAAAACAUCAUAUAUGAUUAAAGUAUACAUUUUGCAAUGUCUACUCCUGAAAAAAAACAGAACUGUAGUCAGUGAGCUAUGAACUUAUCUGACAAUUGACUUCACUCUUUUGCAUGCCUUUAACACAAUGGGUUUCACAGUUGUGAUAUUAAAACAUUCAUGAAUUGAUGCAUUUUGUGUUCUGAAAAAAUCGGUUUCAAAGUUGGUUUCAUGUAUACCUGAAAUAGUAGUAAAUAAUGGCUUCAGAAAGUAUGGUUGAUACAUUUUUUAUAGGCUUUAUAUCCCUGUAUUUACAUUAGUGAGAGAAGAAACAUGUCAUUUAGAAUGCUUUAAUUGUUUCCUUAAGUUGUUAUAACCUAUUGACAUGGCUUGUAAUGUUUUUGUUCAUCAAAAUGAACUAUAUAUUUCGAACCAACAACACGAACAGUUGUGUUCUCUUCACAUACUCAACAGUCUGCCCAGUACAUGGUUGAAACCAAAUCGCUUCAUAUUAGUAGAUUUAAUUAUUUGAAAAAUACAACUAAAUAGCUAGAUAUUAUUAUACAGGUGCCUGCAUGUUUAUAUAUUAGAAUGUUUGUUUUCUUCAUGCAAGUAAACUGCAGUUUGCUUUUGUUCAAUCCCUUGUAAAUUGUGUUGAUAUAAGUCUCAUAUACGAUUAAACCCAAACUGUUGAUUGCAAAUAUUACUCACACAGAUACUCAUGUUUGUUUGAAUGGUUUAGAUUUUUGUACGGCAAAUCAUUUUAAAGAUACAAACUUUAAUUACAGGCAGUAGUAAUUCAGAAAACUUAAAGGAAUUAUUAAGAUUAAUUGAAAAACAGUUGUAACAUGGAAAUUUGAAAAAAUAAGAAAGCAACUACAUCUGCUUUCUAUCUCCACUAUUUGCGGAAUUCUAUUUGUGCUGUAAAACAAUGGAAUUGCAUUUUAUUUACCAACUGUUUUGAUAAAUUGGUGGCUGUUUCAUUUUUGUUACUCAUUGCAACCAGUUAACACUGUUAAGAUUAUACACUGUUUAACAUAUGUUUCCUGUGUCUCAAGAAGUCACAUAACUAAGGUUUAAAAAAAAUUAAAGUUGCGAACGCCUAUAAUUAUGUACAACAGUGUCAAACCCAUAUAAUUAUGAACAACAGUGUCGUUUCCCUAUUUUCCCUUUUGUGUGCUUCA